AUGGCAUCGUACUUCAUGCCAUCAUUCUUCCAGAAGCGGCUCCUCAAAUACGCCCUAUCUCGUCUGGGCCUGGUCGACACAGAGGCUUUGGACCUAGAUAACUUAGGCAUCCGCUGGGGACAACGGUCUACCAUCGAGUUGAGGGAUAUUGGCCUCAAAUUAGAAAAAUUAUCGACCUUACUCAAUCUCUCUCCGUCGUGCGUGCUGCUCAGCGCCCGAGUUCAGCUUCUUCGAAUCACGCUUCCUGCCGAUUUCCACAAUAGCGGUAUUCUUUGUGAGGCAAACGGCAUCGACGUACAUAUCCGGUUAUUGUCAGAGGAGCCGGAAAAGGGACAACACGGAAAAGGGAAAGGCGACAAGGAUGAUUCUUCGGCGGUGCCCACACCGUCUGAUCUUGCGGAGUCAUUCCUUGAGUCCGAGCCAAAGGAGGAAAGGGAAGAGCUACAAGCCGCAAUAUCGUCGCAGUCGCAAGUCCUGCCCCACGACCCGUUAGCCUGGUCUGUUGAUGAUAAUGACGAGCUCGGUCUUGGGAGUGAGACUCUAUCACUGCCGAGCUUUGUGGCCGGGUUCUUGAAAGGCGUUGUGGAUCGAUUCCAACUCAAGAUAAAAGAUGCAGUUGUGCGCGUGGACAUGGAGUUGAAGCAAGAUGGAAUGUCAAAACGGCAACCGGAACAUAAGCCGGAUCUUGUCGCAGGUCUGUUGAGCAUCGGCGAAAUCGAUGUACACGGGGUAUCUGAUAAAACCGUUGGCCCGGAGGGUCUUCCUUUUCGACAAGGGAAGCGGCUCAUCUCAAUUGUCGAUAUCAAUGUUGGUUUGGUUUCCGACCCAUCGGUGUUUUCGAACUACUCUCGUUUUGCCGCCCCUCCAUCUCCGUCGACGACUAUGCGGUCAAAAGGGAGCCAGUUGUCAAGCAGAGCGCCAUCACCAUCCCCACUGGAUCGCUCCAUCGAAGAACCUCUUUCGAUGACCCAAUCAACUAUUUUCGAGCCGCCGCAAACUUUCGGCCAUUUAAGUACCACCGCAGACAGUUUAGAGGCUUCUACAUUUUCCCGCGAUGGUCGAUUCUCAGACGCCGACUCUGAGUCAGGUAGUCACCGAGGUGGAUAUCUGGAGGAUUCUCAAAUAUUUGGCGAUGACCCCUUCCAAGACAACCCAGGGUACCUAGACUCGGUGAUUGACACUCAAUUCGAUGAUUUUGAUGAUGAGCAGUCACCGGUAAUACAUCCACAAGAAGACCGACGGGUCGGGAGUGAGUGGAGAAGCCACUUGUCUGGUGGCCCACAAAGCUUGCAUCAAAGCUCACAGGCCGAAUACCCUGACGAGCCAUUAAACCGCUCCGAUACCCACCAUAUGUCCCAAACUUACGACACACAUCACAGCCAAAUCAGCCCUGAAAUUGACGAAAUCACGCAACCCCCGCAGCAUUACAAUGAUUACGACGAAAAUGAACAUAAUGAAAGAUCACAAUUGAACGUAUCGUCCCAUCCCUCCAGUACAUCUCCUCCACGCUCAGAGUCUGACAGCACGGGCUCCCGAGACGGAACCCCAAAUGCCGAUCUCAACGAGUCUCAGCUUUUCUCCCACGAUGAAGCGCAAAGUCUUUACAUGAGUGCUAUUAGCCAGGAUGCGAGUGGGAGCUUCAUGCCCCACAUGCCAGGCGCAUGGGGCUCGUUUGGUGAUGCAUCAAAGUCUCGAAGUGCCUUUGAUGACCGAUCUAAAAGCAUUGCACCUAUUGAUCUGGCACAGUCCAGCCAAGUUCAAGACGAAGCAGAUUCAAGUUAUACAGGCCCAUCAGAAGACGGCAUAACAGACCAGCAUGAUUUGGACGGUCAAGCCCAAUCUCAGACAUUGCACAAGGAUAGACCUUCAACUCCAUUCUCUCCUGGGUUGCACAGAAGCAAUGAAAUGAGAAAGUCGGUGUUGAAUAUUGACAAGAUUUUGCUGUGGUUCUCGCCCCCUGAUUCCGACGAAGAAGGGUCAGCCGAGCCGUCGUCUAUCCCACAAAAAGAGAACAAAGACAGUGACCUAGAUGAAUCCACAGUUAGCUUCGGGGACUCUGCACCUGAAGAAAGUCUACUUGCCUCUAGAGCCUACAAAUCCACGAGGUUCGGAAGAGGCUCUGAUGAGCCACGGGCUCAGCCAAGUGCUGGGACUGAACUACCUGAAAUUGCCGUGGAAAUAUUCUCUGCCUUUGUACAUUUCGAUAUUGCAAUUGGUUGGCUUCUCACCAAGAUAGGACAAAAACUCUCUCAUGCUCUUGGUACGGCUGAAAAAGAUCCGUUUGAGAAGCAGUCGCGAAAGGACCAACCUGCGCGUACGCCACCUGUUCAUCUUAUCGUCCAUGCGCUUUCAGUAAAAUUUAUCGAACGUGUUUCGGGGCAUGUCUAUUCGUCCGACAAUAGCGACUCACCUUCUUUUCCUCCCUACAACAUGGAAGAUGUGAUUCUUCGUCUUACUCUAUCUGGCCUGGAUGCUCACCUUUCGGCUCAAAGUACAGCUACCAAGCUGAAUUUCGACGUGUCCAAGUUUGCAUUCGGGUUCGCCUCAGAGGAUAUCAUAUUUUUUGAUGAAAGAUUGAAGAUGCGUGAAUCUACGCGUGAUGUUUUAUCCCCUUCGCAAGGAGAUAUCUCUAUCUCUUUGGCCAAGUCGGCAGGUCUGGCCAAGGUUGACAUCUCCACGCUGCCUCUUCACAUCAAUCUCAAUAUACAGCGUCUGGAAGAGGUUCUAGGCUGGAUGGGUGGCCUGAGCACCAUUCUUGAACUUGGCAGUUCCAUGUCAUCUGUGUCUACAGUCAAAGGCUGCCCGCCACCUUCCAAACAGCGCCCCCGCGGUGUGCAUUUUGAGACACCCGCCCCGGCUGUUGACACGACCAAGGGCACGUCAACCCUAUGGAAAGUCAAUGCCCGACUCGGUGCCAUCCUGUUGGAUAUUACUGGAGAAGCACAUUGCCUUCAAAUCUCCACGACCGCCGUCAAAAUUGUCAGCAGGUUUGAAGGGAUUGGUAUUCAAAUAGACAAGGCGAAAAUGAUUGGACCCCUUUCAAUUGAUGAUGCCUCAGCUGAUGCUCCCGCGAAAAUCACCCUGAACAAUAUCCGCCUUGAGUUCCUUUUCGCCCCGAAGGAGGUUGACCUCGAUCGUCUUUUGACUUUGAUUACCCCAUCCCAGGACAAAUUCGAAGCGGAAGAUGAUAUCAUGCUAGACACAUUAUUGCGCCAGCGACGGCAAGGAUCUGUUCUUCGCGUGACAGUGGGGCGCUUGGAAACGUUCAUUUCAGACACCAGUGGGUUAGAGCCUCUCUCGUCUCUUGCUGUUGAGCUGAGUCGGCUUUCCAAUGUCACCAAGUAUUUGCCAGAAGAUGAUCGCCCUGGUAUCCUCACCCUGGUACUGGUCUGUGACUUCCAAGGGCACGUCCACAUCGGUGGAGAGGUUGGGGACAUCCAAAGUCAACUUAUCGAUAUUGAAGUUGCACACAUCACCAUGCCUUCGCUCACUGCGGCCCAGAUUGGAAGCAUGACCGUCAGUCGGAAUAACGACGAAGAGCUGGUGGGGCAUGCCCUGUGGCCGCCAAACAAAUCUCAGGAUCCAGACCAGUCCUAUCCACCGGUCCUCAUGGCUCGUUUCAUACCCGAUGAGAUGGAUCCUACCUACAAGGUCAAACUGCACAAUCUCCUUAUUGAGUACACGGUGCCAUCAGUGACAGCCUUCCUUGGAUUGGGUGGCGACAAGAUGAGCGGAGAGUUGGCCAGUAGUAUGGUCAACUCUAUCGCCAACCUUGCAGAGCACUCAAUCCCCUCAUCUUCUAUGACAGGGCGACCAAUGUCGAAUGAAUCCACUUCCUCGACAAAGCCAGUCAAAUUGGCUGUUGUAUUCCGAGAUUGUGUUCUCGGUCUAAACCCUCGCAAUUCUCCUGCAAAAGGCCUUGCAGUCCUCACCAAUGCCAAAUUCGAAGGAAGUAUGUAUGGAGGAGAAUCCGCGGAAGCAUCGUUGGAUAUUAGGAAAGCCUCGCUCAUGAUCAUCGACGACGUGUACCAUGAGGGUGCUUAUAACCUGCACCAGCGUGCAUCAGUCGUUCCCCAAGACACCCAGGCUCAAGCGUAUAUUGAUAAAGGCUAUGUGCCUGUUUCUUCCAUCUCAUCGGCCACCGCUAGUGUCAAGCUGACCAGCGCUGAGGAUGGAACAAAGUCUUUGGACGUAGAGCUGAGAGAUGAUCUGUUGAUCCUUGAGACCUGCGCGGAUUCCACCCAGACGCUCAUCAGCAUCAUGAAUGGACUCCAGCCUCCAACUCCACCGAGCGUCGAUGUCAAAUAUCGAACAGAGGUGAUGCCCAUCCAAGAUAUGUUUGCCUCGUUCACCGGGGACGCAUUUGCGGCUAAUCCCACCCUCCCCAAUGAUAAUGAUCUGGCAACUAUCUCCGAAGAAUCAUCUAGUGGAGAUCAGCUGACCGACGAACUUGAAUAUGUCAGCGAUUUCUAUCCCGUAAAGGGCGGCUCUGGUGGUGUGGGCAUUGAAGGUAUGGAAGUGGGCUCCAAUGAAUUGCUGGACAGCUUCCAUUCCCAAUACCAAGUAUCUUCCAGUAUGACGGAAUUGGACUUCCAGGAGGAUCAUUUCGCAAAGAAAUCAGCUGUGGGUGGAACUGCUCAUCGGUGGGACUCUACUCAGAACACCUACGGCCUCACCAACGACACGAAGCUCGAGCGGAGUCCUUUGCGUGUGCGCGUUCGGGACGUGCAUUUCAUCUGGAAUCUCUUUGAUGGAUAUGACUGGCAGCGCACCCGUGACACAAUAUCCAAAGCCGUCAAGGAUGUAGAAACCAAAGCCACAGAACGCCGUUCCAGGGGCUCGCGGAUGUCAGCUUCUGCAGAAGAUGAAGAGGAGUCUGUUAUUGGCGAUUUCCUCUUCAACUCCAUUUACAUCGGUAUUCCAGCCAACAAGGAUCCACGGGAACUUCACCGCGAGAUCAAUCAUGACAUCGAUGAUUUCACCAGCGAGACCGGGAGCUAUGCAACGACCACUACCGUGACUGGGGCUGGGAGUCACCAGGGCCGAUCUACCGCUAAGAGGGAAAAGAAAUUACGCUUGCACCGGAGCAAACACCACAAGAUGACGUUUGAGUUGAAGGGUGUCUCUGCCGAUCUGAUUAUCUUCCCGUCGGGCUCAGAAGAGACGCAGAGCUCGUUAGAUGUGCGGGUCAAGGAUCUGGAAAUCUAUGACCAUGUUCCAACAUCUACAUGGAAGAAGUUCGCAACAUACAUGCGGGAGGCUGGCGAAAAGGAGAGCGGGACAAGCAUGGUUCACCUUGAAAUUCUGACUGUGAGACCUGUGCCUGAGCUAGCUGCAUCUGAGAUUGUUCUCAAAGCCACAGUUCUACCCCUCCGGUUGCAUGUUGACCAAGAUGCUCUCGACUUUAUGAGUCGGUUCUUCGAGUUUAGAGAUGAGUCCGCCAAACCAUCAGAUACCCCGGGCGACGUUCCAUUCUUGCAGCGAGUAGAGAUCAACGCCGUGCAAGUCAAAUUAGACUUCAAACCUAAGCGGGUUGACUACGCAGGACUCCGGUCCGGCCGCACAACUGAGUUUAUGAACUUCUUCAUCCUGGAUGGCGCCGACAUGGUGCUACGACAUGUGAUCAUCUACGGAGUGUCCGGAUUCGAUCGGAUGGGUCAAACGCUGAACGACAUCUGGAUGCCAGAUGUCAAACAGAACCAACUGCCCGGUGUGCUUGCCGGUCUUGCGCCGAUCCGCUCCCUUGUCAACGUGGGUGGCGGCGUGCGCGACCUGGUCGUCGUCCCGAUGCGCGAGUACCGAAAGGACGGCCGAAUCGUGCGCAGCAUCCAAAAGGGCGCCUUGGCUUUCGCCAAAACAACCUCCAACGAGCUGGUCAAACUCGGCGCCAAACUCGCCAUCGGCACACAAACCGUCCUCCAAGGCGCAGAGGACCUACUGACCCCCAACGCACCCGCCUUUGACGACGAUUCCCUCGACGAAGACGAAGCAAAAAAGAUCUCGUUGUACGCCGAUCAGCCGGUCGGGGUAGUACAGGGACUGCGUGGGGCAUUCAGCGGCCUCGAGCGCGACCUGCUCCUGGCACGCGAUGCGAUCGUCGCCGUACCUGGCGAGGUGGUUGAGAGUGGGAGCGCCAAGGCUGCCGCAAAGGCCGUCUGGAAGCGUGCGCCCACGGUCAUCCUCCGACCCGCUAUUGGAGUGUCCAAGGCCGUGGGACAAACUCUGCUUGGUGCGGGAAAUACCCUUGACCCGAGCAAUCGGCGCAAGAUGGAAGACAAAUAUAAACGGUACUGA